GACUUACAGCUUCGGAAUUUAGACACGUAACAAACUCGGGAUGAGGAGUGCUUUGUGCGUUAUAGGUAUCCUAUGCGCUCUGAAAGGUUUGCUUGGUGCUUUUACGACCACGCAUGCUACAAACAUACAUACUGCUGUGUUGGGAGCCUCUUACAAUAAUCACGUCAGACCCUCUGACGUAACAAACGUCAGCAUCGAAUUCGUCCUCUUUUCCCUCAAUGAUUUGGACAUAAAGACUCAAGUUAUGUCCACCUCCGGAUGGAUGACAGUCACCUGGGAAGAUUCUCGCUUGACGUGGACAGCUGCUACAUACGGGGACAUAGAGUACAUCUACACGAAGCAAAACAAGAUAUGGGGACCCGAACUUAUCAUCGACAACUCUGUUGCUGGGAUGGACCCGAUAGGCCAUGAUGAUAUAUUCUUCAAAGUCAAAAACACAGGCGAGGUGCGUUGGGACCCCCCAGGACUCUACGUCACACAUUGCGAUAUUGACGUCACCUACUAUCCCUUCGACUACCAACUCUGUAAGAUUGAAGUCACGACUUUCGCCUUCACGACAGAAGUUCUAAACCUGAUCAAAGCCAGGGAUACAGUGAACACGGAGGAUUACAAUAUUAACGGGGAGUGGAUCUUAUACUCCUCACGGGUGGAAGAACGAUUUUUGGAAGAAAAUGGGGAAACAUUUCCCCAAUUGGAAUUUCAGAUUGUUUUUAAGCGGCGACCAGGUUACUACCUGACAAACAUUGUUUACCCUGUAAUACUUAUCUCUCUGUUGACGAACUUAGCGUUCCUAUUGCCAGCGGAUUCCGGGGAGAAGAUAUCCUACAUCUUGACCGUUCUUCUUGCUAUGGCAGUGCUAUUGACCCUCGUGGGAGACAGUAUGCCUACAACGUCAAAACACACCGCAGUAAUAGGUGUAUACAUAUCCAUUAUACUGCUGAUGGCAGCCCUGGGUAUAGUAAUUACCGUCUUCAAUCUUCGCCUGUAUCUCCGCGAAGACCAGUCCGAGACACCGAAAUGGCUGCAGUGCUUAACAUUUACCAUGCUUCUCAAACUAAACUGCAAGAGCAAGAAGGUGAAAAACGCAAGCGGCAACGACCAAGUGGUUUCCAUGGAUGAUGAUUUAGAACUGCAAGACAUCAAUGACGGAAGAAAAUCCCUGAAACCCAUAAUGAACCAGCGACCCCAGUCUCCAGAUGGACAGGGGGAGGUGGGAGAUUUUCCGUUUGAAUGCAAAGAAGUGGCAGUUUUCCUGGACUGUUUUUUCUUUUAUUUGUUUAAUGUUAUUACUUUCAUAGUAACCAUGUCUUUAUUUAUAACCAUGGCUGUAUGUGAUGUCCCUCCAAUCUAAAAUAGAAAUACCACAUCCAAAGUCUCUGACAGUUUGUGGGAAGGAAGGUUGCUGUAUUUAAACAUUUUAGUUCAAGAGUAUUUUUGAGAUUAUAUAGUACUAUGAGUGUAUUUAAUCAAAUACAGUCCGUUUUCAAUUUAUUGUUUGUGCAUAUAUUAUGUAAGAUAAUUAAAAGAAAUUUUAUA